UUGAUUACUUGUCUCCAUUAUCUUUGUCACAAGUGUUCCCUAUUUUGGGGACUGUUAAAUACCAAUGCUGUGUCCCAGCUCUCUCCAGAACAAUCCUCUUCAUUUCAAUCAACCAAUACUUACUAUAAAAACAUAGUAUUAUAUAACUUCUACAAAAUUGAGUUGAUUAAAAGAAACCACGUACCUACAACUCACUUUUCCACUAGUUAAAAAAAAUUAACAAUUUGCUCUCUAUUUGGAUCGUGUGGCAAUGGCUCUAAGGUCAUCUCAGAAUCUUCUCAAAUCUAUAGCUGCUGGUUUAGGAGGAGGAGUCUCACAUUUUACCACAUCUACAACUCCUAAAAGUAAGGCAUUUUCCCCAACCAUUGGUGAAUUAACCAAGCACAAUGACUUCAAAGCAAGGGUAAUUAAGAAAGGAGAUAUUGUGCCAAUGAGUGUGGCGGUGGGGAUGAUCAUAUUAUCAACGAGUUUCGGAAUAUACACAGCCACGAAAGAGCUCCGGACAGCACCAAACGUGUUCGUGAAGAAAUCAAGGAGAGAAACAAUUCCAGAAGUGGUGGAACCUGAACAUGUUUUGGAGGAAUCUGAAAAAUUCAUCAAGAAAUCUUUCUUCAGAAGAAUUGCUCAUCUCCGAGAUAAAUCUUACCAAGAAGCUGCCGCUGAUAAUCAAUUGCCCCGAAUCGACAUCUUCUCCAUGCCUCCGAAGGCUGAGACGCUGAAAGAUAUCGGAGUCGAUCCAAUUUCCAAUUAAAUAUAUUUAUUAUUAAUCACGAAAUACUGUAAUAGUCG